GAUUCGACGGAAGAUCAAGAUGUUGAUUACAAUAUUGCGGAAACCGAUCUGGUGCGGAGAUUUAGGGCCCGCGACCAGCCAAUAAAGCUGUUUGGCGAAACAGAUCAACAGCGGAUCAGACGGCUAAGGAAGUUAGAAGCGAGUGAAGAACGGACGGAGGGACAAAGAAACGACUUUAGAGCAGCCAUGGCUGCGACGGAGCAGGGUCUUCUCAACGAGAAUUUGAAGCGAAAGGCGUCCAUUGGAGAUGGGGACGAUGAGGAUCAAUAUCGGAAAAAGAAAGGGACGAAGGAGACCGAGAGGGAGUUAGUCGACACGACGAUCAUCUCGCCCGAUCUGAUACAGAAGGAUGUGGACAAGGUGUACAACCUACUCUCCAUCUACUUCAAGCGGGUGCUACGAGAGUGGGAUAAAUACCUUGACGCCCGACCGGAAGACGAGAAACGUACGGUGCAAGGGCGAUUACAAGCUGCGACUCAGGGGCAAACCGCCGAAUACAUGAAGCCGUUCUUCAAGCAAUUGAAGAAGAAAGCUUUGCAGCCUGACGUCUUGAUGCGGAUUUGCGAGAUUGCCAAGUUGAUGCAGGAGAGGGAGUAUUUGCAAGCGAAUGACUCUUACCUACGACUGUCGAUUGGCAAUGCACCCUGGCCUAUUGGGGUGACGAUGGUUGGUAUCCACGAACGUAGUGCCCGUGAAAAGAUUUUCUCGUCACAAGUCGCGCAUGUACUCAACGAUGAAGCGCAACGGAAAUGGAUUCAGUCUAUAAAACGGCUGAUGACGUUCGCGCAGACGAUAUGGCCGCCGGAUGAUCACGCCAAGAUGAUCGGUUGA